GUACUCUAUGAAUCGUAAUCGCGAUAAAGAAAUCUGGGAUUCAGGUGUGAUGGCAAUGGAAAAUAUUUAUGAAGUCUUGCAAGAUCCAAUGAGUACCAAAUUCUUGACAUACGAAGAUAUUCAAAAAGGGCGUGCAGUCCGAAUCCAUAUUACAUAUAUUCUUGGACUCACUUACGAGGUAGAUCAAGAUAACAAAAAAGCUCUUGAAUAUUUCAAAAUGUGUAAAAAUUGUGGGGAAAGUGGCUUCACUGUAGCAAGGAAACUAGUCACUGAAGCACAAUUAAAGAUUAAAAAAUUUGAACGAAUUGAGGUUACUCCAAGUGUGCCCGAAAUGCAAAUCUACUUAUUGCUCGAAAUGUUUUU